AUGAACAAAGAAAAUAAUGACACGAACGAAGUACAUAAAUACAUUUUUAGCUUUUGCCCUAAGGUGAGUUCGGGGUUAGACCACUAUGCGUGCGUCGGUAAUUUUAAGAACAAACCAGCAGCUUAUUGUUGGGGAGGAAAUACAAGCAACCAGUUAGGUAUAGGGAUACACACUCGAUAUUGUAAUAAGCCUACAGUUGUAAAAUUCUUUGAAAAUUUUAUAGUGUCUUCUAUAUGUUGUACUAAUUAUACAACCUUCGUUUUAGUAAAAAACAAUAUAAGUGACAAUGGGUGUUCUAUUUACUCUUUUGGAAAGGGAAAUAAUGGACUACUAGGUUAUAAAAAAAAAAAGAGUCUACUGAAGAGUACUAAUAUAGCGAUAGAAGAAGAAAAAGAAAAUAAAAAAAAAAAAAAAUUAAACAAAAUAAAUAAUAAAGUCAAUAAAGCACUUCUUAGUGCAUUUGGGGUUAACACGAAAAGAGAAACCUCCUCUUCGUCAAAAAGUAGCCUUGACAGCUUGCUAGAUUUUGACAUGGAUCGAAUCUCUAGCAUUGCAGGGGAGAACACAGGUUGGGACAACAGCUGGGGGGAAAGCAGGGAGAAGAAAAUAGGCGGUAGGGGGAGUGAUUGCAGUACCAACGCGCUUAUGCACAGGGGGAAAUUCGCGCAUGAAGAAAAGGAGGAAGAACAGAACGAGAUAAACAAAAAUAGCAAUGUAAAAUACGAAGAUGGAAGUAUAGACGUCUCUAUGCAGAUCAUAGAGGGGAAUGAAGCACAGGCGGGGAAAGGGAAAAUAAUCGAGAAGGACGAAAAAUGCAAAUCAGAGCGAAGUGUUAAUUUUCAAAAAACGAACAAACAUUAUGAAGAUAAAAAAGGUAAAUUAUAUGAACGAAAGAAUCUUAUCGAAACUGAAGAAAAAGAAGAUUGGUUCACUCCGUUUCCUAUUAAAAUAAAAUUACCUGAAUAUACAAAAAUAAAAUAUAUUUCUUGUGGUGAUAUGCAUACCCUAGCUAUUUCAACGGAGGGAUUUUUAUAUGGGUGGGGAUUUAACAAUUUUGGUUGUGUCGGAAAUGGAACAAAUGAAAAUGUGUAUGAACCUACACGAAUAUAUUUAGAACAACAUAAGGAAGAAAAAAAUAAGAGUAAUAUAAACUGCGAAAGUUGGUAUAGUACUAAAUACAAAUUUUAUGGAAAUAACAGAGAAAAUGGGAAUAUCUAUUACAAUACAGCAGUUAUUCACUGUUCUGCUGGGAGUAAACACAGUUUAGCUUGUUCACUCAGUGGUGAUAUGUACAGUUGGGGGUAUGGUGGGAAUGGAAGAUUAGGAAUAGGAAAUAUUAAUAGUUAUAAUAAACCUCAACUAAUUAAUAUAUUUAAAAAUAGAAAAAGAAUUGUGUAUGUAUGUUCAGGUAAAUCUCAUUCUGGUUGUAUAGAUACUGAUUAUAAUGUAUAUACAUGGGGGAAUGGAAAAUUUUAUAAAUUAGGGCAUGCUAAUAAUGAUGAUGAUAUAUUAUUACCUAAAAAAUUAGAGUUUUUUAAUCAUAAGAAAAAAAUAUUCAUGUUAAGUUUUGGCUGUUUUAACUCAUUUGCAUUAAAUAUUCAUGGUGAUGUUUUCAUAUGGGGAACUUUCAAUAUUUCAAAUAGUCAUACUUCUUAUUAUACUUGUAAAAUACCAAAGCAAAUAAAUACUAAUUUUAAAUGUGUAUAUCUUCAUGCUUCUACAUAUAUAGCUUUUGGUGUAACAAUUGUUGGGGAUUUGAUUAUUUUUGGGGGUAUGCAAGAGAAUGCCAAUUCCCGUGUGCUAGAAAAAGAGCUCAACUCCGAUUCGGAUGAAGAUCUAAUGCACUAUUUGGUAAACGAAGACUGCCAGGGAGAAUUCGGGGCCAAUGUGGCAAGUGGGAUGGAUCUUGGAAUCGCUAGUGCUAGAGGUAAUUGUGGCAUUGGUGUUAGUGGAAGUGGUAAGAACACUGGAUGGGGGAAAGGAGCGAGGAAGGGGGUUAAGACACUUAGCUUACUGGCCAAGGAGGAACGCUUCCCCAUCAUGUACGUCAAGGAGUUGAGGGGAAAGGUUCACAUAAGGGAUAUAUUAAACGAUUUUUAUAAACUAGAUAGGCUAACCUACUACCAGAAUAGGGUUAUAAAUGCAUUAUAUGGCGGUGAUACUGCUGCUACUGCUACCAUUGGUGCUUCCGCCAACUUUUAUUCCUAUGGAGGGGAAUACUGGCCAGAUAAGUGUAAUAACCAAGUUCUGUUUGAAAAGAAUGAAUUAGUGAUAAGAUCUAGGGUAAAAAUAAUUGACGGAAGUGACUAUUUCAGUGUGUUUUUGAUAGAAAGUGGGAAGGUUUACGUAUCAGGAGUUAACAAAGAUGGAGAACUAGGGAAUGGGGAAUAUAAUUUAAAAAAGAAAUUUUCUGUACCUGUUCAUGUAGAAAUAUGUGUUAAUAAGAUAAUAAAAAUAGCAUGUGGAAAUAACUAUGCAUUAGCUUUAAACGAUAUAGGACAUGUGUAUGGUUGGGGAAAAAAUGAUAAGAGUCAAUUAGGUAUAGGAGUAAUAAAAGAUUGUUAUGAACCUAUUCAUAUAAAAUCAUUAAAUAAUGUUAUAAAUAUAUAUGCAGGAUAUGAUCAUAGUGCAUGUAUAGUUAAUAAUUCUUUCAUACCAAACAAUGGAACAGAAUUACAACAUGGGGAAUUAUAUGUAUGGGGAAAUGCAGAGAGUGGUAAGACAGGAUUAGGAUUAGACUACACAGAAGGAUCUAUAUUAUUGCCUCGAAAAAUUAAUUUAAUGCAUAAGGUAUAUAAAUGUUCGUUAGGCACUAGUCAUAGUUUAUUCUUAACAGAUAAUAAUGAAUUAUAUGUAUGUGGCAGUGCAAGUAAUGGAAAAUUAGGAUUAUCAGAGAAAAUACAUUACAUGUUAAGUUACCCUAAAAAGAUAUCUUUAAAUGAAUAUAUAUAUAUUAAAGAUAUAUUAGCUGGUGGGACCUUUAGUAUGUUAUUAUCUAUGGAUGGUUUUAUAUAUAUAUGGGGAGAACUUUUAAAAAAUAUUAUAUAUUAUGAUGCACCUACUUUAUAUAAUCAAAUAAAUAAUGUCAAGAUGAUUGUAGGGAAAUAUCAACAUGUGUUUUUCCUAACAUAUGACAAUAAAUUAUUUGGACUAGGUAAUAACAACUAUUUUCAAAUACUUUAUGAUUCAAAGAAGGAAUCAUAUAUAGAUAAACCUAAACUGAUUCCCUACUUCUUAAAGGAAAAUAUCGACAAUAUCUUUUCUGUUAAAAACGCUACAUAUACUCAGCUAAGUAAUAACGAUAUAUAUGCAUGGGGAUAUGCUCAAAAUUGUCAUUUAGGAAUAGGGUACACGCAGUUAGUAUAUAUUAAAGACCCCAAAAAAAUUAUUAAAAGUUGGUUGACCUAUGAAGAGCAGGAGAUGCAAGGUAAUAAUAUGUACAAUGAUGAUAUCGACAAUAAUGAUGAGAAGGAAAACAGUGAAAGACACUUAUAUCGAAACUACAACGAAUAUGCAAAUGAGAUAAAUUUAUUAAAAAAAAGAAUUGAAAGAAAAGAAAAAUUCUUUAGUGAUAAUAUUUUGUACACUCCUUAUUAUGAACAAGAGAUAGAAAAGAUGAUUUAUGAAAUACAGCAAAUGUCUAACAUGAUUAAUUGGGAACGUAUUCAAAUACUGUUAAAAAAAGAAGAGUAUUGUAGUAACAGUAUUAAUUAUAUCAAGUCUUAUGAAAAGGACUUAACUGAUUUGUAUAGUAAACAUAUAGAGUUUCUUUUAAAAUUAAACUCCUAUGAAAAACUAUACAAUGACCUUUAUUUGAAUUAUCAAAAUUAUGUUCUUUCUAAUAUAGCAAAUAUGAACGAACCAUUACCUACUAUUAUUCACACACAAAAUACGCACAUCUUUGAUCAUAAUAGGGUAAAGCUCCAAGAAUUUAUUUACAUUAUACAGCAACAGCCUAUGUAUAUGAUCCUUCUAUGCUUAAUACAUAACCAUAAAAAUAUAAAGAACGUUAAAAAGUUGUCCUACGAAAAGCAAAAAAUGGAAGCCGCACAUUACUUGUUCGGUUAUAGUAACAAAAGUAUUAUUGCAAACAAGGUGAAUGAUCCAAAUGGGGAAAGCAAUGAGACAAACAUUGGCAUAAACUACGGCGCAAACAAUGAGACAAACAUUGACAUAAACUAUGGCGCAAACAAUGAGACAAACAUUGGCAUAAACUAUGGCGCAAACAAUGAGACAAGCAUUGGCAUAAACCAUGGCGCAAACAAUGAGACAAGCAUUGACGUAAACUAUGGCACAAACAAUGAAACAAGCAUUGGCGUAAAGUAUGGCACAUAUAAUGAGACAUACAAUGGCGUAAAUAAUGGUGUAAUCACUAGUCGGACUAAAGGGGAAGAUACCAUGAUGAACUACCUAUCGAGAAAAUCUAGUCUAAUGAAUCAUUCCUAUGACUAUGAUAUACAUGAUGAAAGGAAAAAAUGCUACAUACAACAAUUGAAGGAGAAAUACUCUUUUUAUCAAAACAGUACUUUUAUUAUUUGCUCUUUUAUAUUUGAUUUAUAUGCUGAUUUGAAAUGCCAAAGGAUUCGUAAUAUCUUUACCAUUUUUCUCAUUAAAUUGGGUAUAGAAGAAAUUAAAAAUUGUUUACACAUUGAUUCUUUGUACAAAGUAGAAACGUCCAUAUUUUUUCUCUUAAUCAAAAUGCUUUUCAUGAAAAAUGACUUCCUCCUUAAUUUCUCUCAAUGCAUUGCAAAUAUGAACAACACCAACUCUUUCGUUCGUUUAUUAAACGAAAUGUCGAGGAAGGAAAAAACUUCCAGCCAAUUUGCAGGAAACACCGAUGUUCCAACUGUUACUCCCCCAACUGAAGUACCUGGGGCUAGAACUUCUCAACCCCCCAUCAUUGUUCGGGAGUCCAGUUCAGCAGGACAUAAAAGCGAAGCUAAUUGCAAUGGUAAGGACUAUAUUGCGGCGGAUUACAGUAAUGCUGAUUUCAAUUCAGCACACUACAAUACCGCAGUAAAAGACGAACGGACGAACGUUGCCACUAGCAGAAGUGCUAAUGAGGAGGAUAAGGGUGAAAGGAAAAUAGUUUCAUUUAUUGAUGAAUCAAAUGAUGUGAAGGCAAAGGAAUUUUCUACAUUUAUAAAAGGUAAAAGUCACGAGGACAAAACUUUUGUUUUUAAUAAUUUCACCCCCAUUUCGUAUCCGUACAAUAGUAAUAUAACAGGUUUAGAGAAUUAUGGAAAUAUUCAUCCAGAUGGACAUAAUCCUUUAGAUGACAUGUCGGAGAAGAGGGUAUUACAUGGAAAUAAAAAUGAUGGUAAAAAAGAUAUUCUUGUUGAAAUAGAUUUUGUUCAUGCUUUUAAAGAAUUAUGUAAAAUUUUCAGAAAUAUAAAAUUUCCUGACAUGUUCAGGAUAAUUAUGAAAAAUUUAUUUAAAUAUUUCGCUAUGUAUGAAAAAAAUAUAAGUAAAGACAAUAAUACACAGAAUAAGAUAUACUUUUUCAAUGAUGAAGAUUAUAUAUAUCUACCUUUUUUUAAUUUAUUACUUAUGGCUGUUGUAAAUCCUAUAUUAAAAAAUGUAAACAAGUUGGUGGAAAAAUUUUUUUUCCCUCCUCUCCCAUCUCAUGUUACAAGUAUAUGUAACAAGAUAUGUGAUAUUUUAGAAGUCUUAUAUUUAAAUAAAUAUCAAUCUUUAACUAGUUACAAUUUAAAAGAAAAUUUCCUGUCUGUAAAAUUUAUUUUUGAGAAUACUUUCAACUCUUUUGUAUAUGUAAUAAAUGAUCUAUGUAAUACAAAUGAAGAUAUUUACGUGAACAUGUACAUAAAUUUAUUUCAUUACCAUUUGAAUAGAAAAUCUUACUAUGUGCAACUAAAAAUUUUUCAGUUAUGCCAUAUAUUUAAUCUAUUUUUUCGGUAUCAGAAUUAUUUACUUCUUUCCUUUAAUGAUCCCGCCAUAGAAAUUGUUAAUUAUUUUUACACGUACAAAUGUGAGGAGUCGAGGGUUAAAGAAGUUGACCAUGUGGAGGAAGCAGGAAGAGCUGACCGUGGUCAUGUAAAUCCAAGGCAUGAAAUGGUAAUCAAAGGAGGGGUGAACAAGGAACGUGCCCAAAGUGAAUGGAAUAAAAGUGAGGGAAAAAUAAGUAAUGAGAAAAAAAAUUUCUUGUCAAAAAUUGUAAGAAAUGGGAUUAAGAAGCUUGUCAAUGCAGGAAAGUCCAACCAGGGGCAGAAAUUUGAUGGAGAAGGGACGCCUAGAGAGGGGGGAAGGGACGGAGGAGCACAAGGGGAUAAUAAUAAAAAGAGGGGAUUGGGAAACGGGAAAAAAUUAAUUUUUAACGAAGAGGAAAUAAACUUCUUUAUCAAAUGCAAACUAGUGUAUAACAUAAUGGUAGAUAUUCGUUUUCUGUUAAGGGAAAAAAAUAUGAACGUUUGCGAAUUUACAAAAAUACCAAUGCCUCAAUAUAUUAGUUAUCGAAAAAAAACAUGCAUAACAAAUAACGAGUAUUUAUUUUCCAUAAUUCAUCGAUAUAAUUAUAAGAAGGAUAAUAUAUACCUUAUAUCUGAAUGUUUAAAGAACUGUCCAUUAAUUGAGCAGUGUACUGAUACGAAUAAUUUAAUAUUAAAAUUAAAAUCAUUGAGAAUGUAUUAUAUGUCUUUACAAGACCAGAAAGAAAUAAAUUUGGUUCACUUAAUUAACAGAGUUGUUGAUAUAUUUUUAUCAAAUGAAAUGAUAUAUGUAGACUUUUGUGAGCACUUCCCUCCCAAUUUAUAUAUAAACAAAUUUAAUGAUUGUAAUUUUAGAAGGUCUACAUAUAAAGAUGAAUACUUUAACAUGAUGCAGAAUACAUAUGAUAAAAGCUCUUUCUUUCAAGUCAAGUGGAGAAAUGUAGCUACACAAAUAUGUAUUAACAUAUUAAUGAAAAAAAAGCAUAUGGUAUAUUUAAAAAAAUUGUAUGAAGAACAAGCAAAUAUUGAACAACUAAUUUUGGAUUAUCAGUUUCAGAUGAAAAAGAAUAUACAAAUUUUAAAGAGAGCAAUCAUUUUCGCAUCCAAAUUAUUAAUUGAGAAACCCAUAUUAUUAUAUGCGUCUCAUUUUGAAAAAACUAUAUAUUUUAUUACUUUAAAAAAGAUAAAAUAUUUUAGAAGAAUGAAUAAAUUACCUUAUGACUUAUCAACAAUACACACAUUUAGAGUGAGCACUCUGAUAAAGAAUUCGGUUCUUACAAACAUAAACGAAAUGCUAUAUCCUGUUAUGGAUUACUUAACUGUUGACUUAUUCUUUGACUUAAAUAAUUUUAUCAAAUUAUCUCUAGUGCUAACAAAAGAUCGAAGUCGAAAUGUUAUCAACGAGCAUAUACUGACAAGCAGUGACAUAUACAGAAUGUGCAUCUCCUCUCCCUUUAUUUUGUAUUCCUUUUUUAGGUACAACAAAAAUUAUUUGUGUACUGUUAAUGGCUUUAAAUUUGUCCACCUGCUCCAGGGUUUGGCGGCGGACCUUUACUAG